ACCUUCGUUUUAACCACACAGCUUCGAAUAACUGAUUACAAAAGUUACACUACCUAGCAUAAUCAUAAUCACAAUCACAAUCAACGAGUCCAAAAGAUGGCAUCUAAACAACAAAACCGAAACGAGCUUGAUGAAAAGGCAAAGCAAGGAGAGACUGUUGUUCCUGGUGGCACCGGAGGAAAGAGCCUUGAAGCUCAGGAGCAUCUUGCUGAAGGAAGGAGCAGGGGAGGACAGACAAGGAAGGAGCAGAUUGGGACAGAAGGGUAUCAGGAAAUGGGACGUAAAGGUGGAUUGAGCACUAUGGAUAAGUCAGGAGGAGAACGUGCUGAGGAGGAAGGUGUUGACAUUGAUGAGUCCAAGUUCAAGACUGGUGGUAAGAAUCAGAACAAGUGAUGAUCGAUCAUUGAUCAUUAUCAUGCUGUGUUUAUAUAUGCUAGCUAACUUCACUGUGUGUGUUAAAGUAGUUUUUUAGGUUAAUUUGGUCACAAUGUUAGUGAUCAAAGCGUGUUGUUGUGUGUGUGUGUGUGUUUUUUUUUUUUUAAUAAUUAGCUAGCAUGUGGUGGUUAAUGUUAAUGUUAAUGUCUUAGGUUUGUUUGUUUCCUUGGUGAAGACAGAAUCUAGGAGUUUUUGUCUUCACUUUCCAUGUACCAUCAUGUAUGUAAUGACAAUGUCUAAUGUUACAAGUUAGUCUUUGUUAAA